AUUUUCGAACACAAUCCAUGUGGAGUCAUGAUCCUGAAUGAUUCUGAAUGUUCGUUGAUAUUCGCAGUUCGCACUGACGGAACGGCAGCUGUAAACGACCGCACGUUCGUUGAUUGUAUACUUGAUUGUAGUAUAGUAUUCUAUACUCACAGUUUCUUCCGCGCUAUUUAACCGAUUCUCCGGAAUUAAACACUGCCAAAAAAGAUGCCGAAGAGGAAGCAUCAAGCACUCAUAGACUCCGAUAGCAGUGGAAGCGCGUCGGAGAGCGGCUCAGACUUGGAUAACGAUCUAUUGUCACUGGCAAAGAAAAAGAAAGGAAAAUCCCAAGAUGAUUCUCAGUCAAAUGAAGAUAAUGGAUCUGUUAAAAAAGAUGCUAAGCAUGAUUCAGACACGUCAGAUUCCGACAAUAACUGGAGCAGCAAGACUGGAAAAACAAAGGUAAAGAAAGGUUCGACAAAACGAAGUAAACGAAAGAUGACAAAGUCGAGCACCGAAGACAGUGCCAGUGAAAAAGAACCAGCAAAGCAGCUUUCGGAGCCAGAAGAAGGUGAGGUAUCAGAUUCUGAUGUAAGUGUUUCCGACUCUAGCCAAGAAGAAUUUAAUGAUGGUUAUGAUGACAAACUCAUGGGAGAUGCAGAGGAUCAAGCCAGACUCGCUCAAAUGACCGAGAAAGAACGUGAGCAAGAAAUUUUUAAGCGAAUUGAGCAACGUGAAAUUAUGAAGACAAGAUUUGAGAUUGAGAAGAAACUAAGAAUGGCAAAGAAACAAGAAUUGAGAAAACAAAAAGAAUCAAAAAAGAAAGAGAAGGGUGGUGAAGAGAAACAAAAACUAGACAGAGCACCAGAUCCUAAAGAAAGAAGUAAAGAUCGUAAAAAAACGAUAGAAGAAAAGCAAGAUAAAAAAUUCCAUGCAAUGUCAUUGCUUAAAGCCAGACGUGAAGAAAAAAAAGAACGAGAGGAAAAAGAAAAACAGAGAAUAGAACAGCAGCAACAACAAUCAAAAGAUAUAGAGGAAGAGGAAUUGGAGAAUGAUCAUAAAGGUGGAAACAAGACUAAACUUAAAGCAUCUGAUAUAUAUUCCGAUGAUAGCGGCUCAUCGGACAGUGCAGAGGAGGAAGAAGAAGUAACUAAACCAACGUCUCACCGCAGGUCGUCCUCUAGUGAAAGCCGUGAUUCGGAUUCUGAUAACGAUAAAAAAUCGAUUACUAGCAACAAAACUAAACCGAAGAAGCCAGUAUAUAUCAGUACUAAGGAAGACUUAAACAAGAUUCGAUUGUCUCGUCAUAAAAUGGAGAGAUUCGUUCAUUUACCUUUCUUUGACAGAGUAGUGCAAGGUUGUUUUGUCAGGAUUGGAAUCGGUAAUAAUAACGGUAAACCUGUCUAUAGGGUAGCUGAGAUAAGCGGUGUGUGCGAGACCGGAAAGAUUUAUCAACUCGGUGGCACAAGAACGAAUAAAGGAUUGAAAUUGCGUCAUGGUGCGCAGGAACGUGUAUUCAGGUUGGAAUUCGUCUCCAAUCAAGAAUUCACAGACUCGGAGUUCUUCAAGUGGAAGGAAACAUGCGCGCUGCAAGGAAUUUCUGUGCCAACGUUUGACGAAGUAGAGCAGAAAUUAAAGGAUAUUAAUGAAGCAUUGCUAUAUGAAUACAAAGAAGAGGAUAUAGAGAAGAUUGUCCGAGAAAAAGAGAGAUUUAAGCAAACACCCUAUAAUUACGCGAUGAAGAAAGCUCAGCUCAUGAGAGAACGCGAUGCGGCUAAUUGCAGAGGAGACGACGAGACUGCUAGUCGCCUUAAUCAAGAAUUAAGUGAAUUGGAAGAACGCGCAUCGGAAUUGGAUAAGAUGCGUACAGCGACGAUUUCCAGUAUAUCGUACAUAAAUGAUCGCAACAGAAAGAAAAAUGUCGAAGAAGCUGAGAAAGCUAUAAUGGAAGAGCUGAAGGCUAACAAAGGUAAAAAAGUCGACGACCCAUUCACCAGGCGAAGUACUAAGCCAAGGAUGGUAUUUAAGCCGGAAGAUGAAUCUGAGGUGGUAAGCACGGUUCCAAUAAAUGACAAAUCAAGUCCUCGUCCGGCUGUCGAUUCGGUAUCGACCGCUAAUGAUAAGGAGAAUGGACAGGAGUCUAAAAAGAAGCAGAGUACAGAAGAUUUGUUUAAUGCCCAUGAUUUCGAUAUAACAAUCGAUUUGGAAGUUCCUAUUCCAAAUAACCCUGUUAGUGUUUUACCGAAGCCUAUUAACAACAUCAAGGAUACAGGACCACGCCGAUCGUUAAAUUUAGAAGAUUAUAAAAAGAAACGCGGUCUCAUCUAACAGUUCAUACGUUUUAGACAUCGUAAAAACAUAAGGUUAAGUUGUGAGGGUUGUCUUGUAAUAAUUAAAAAACUUAACCUCGUGUAUCGAAUGCUCUGGUUUAUAGUAGGAAUGAAGAUAUGUUCUUAUAAUGAUGACUGAGAAACUAGAUUAUUUAUAUAAAACAUAUUCGUGGUAUAUUAUAUAUUAUAUUAUUGCUAAUGGCGCGCGAUUCUAUUCUGUUUAAUACAUUGAGUGUUGGUGAUGGUUUGCUAAUUUCAUACAAAAAAUUAGCUCCGAUAACACUGUAUUAUAGUUUUAUAAUAAAUAAAGGAAUGUUAAAAUGAAACCGAUACUUGAUAGUUUCUGGAUAGUUUCUUAUAAUUUUGCAUCACACAGGCUAAUGUUCAGAUUCGUAAAAAAACGUCAGUACCGCUAUCUAUAUUAUCAUCAUAAACACUCAAUGUAUUAAAGAUCUUUCCAACUAAAAAGGUUCCAAUGCAAACCGGUUCCUAUUGUGUACUCUAAGUAAUGACAUUGCAUUUUGUGCACGAAGAAUAUAAUUACGCAAGUAAUGAUUAGAAUUGUUCUUUGAUAGUUACAGUACUUAAAGGAAAUAGCGGAUGUACUGAAAAAAAUACGAUUUUACGCUUUGUCUUACAUGUUUCAAUACUAUAGAACAUCCAUAUACUUAAAUAAGAAAAGAGAGAGAAAGAAAACACACAUAAAAAAGAAGAAAGGUAUGUACCUAAUAAUGAAAUCAUUUGCCAAAUAUGAUUCAACUUUUUACAUAUAAAAAUACUGUUUGUACAAGAAUUAAUUACAAUGACAGUAUGUAGCGCACAGAACAAUUUUAUUUUACACGACGGAAUUAAAUUUUCAUUAAGUAGUAAUUUUAUCAGGAAAUGGAACGUAUAUAAUUAAUGUAGAUAUCAAUGCUCUAUACUAUAUCUUUUGCAAACAUCACAACUACAUCACAUCACAUUUGUAUGUAUCAAUUGCACAUAUUUUUUCUAUAUGUACUAAUACUGUUGAUAUAGUUCUCUCAUUGAAGUACACUAUAUUUUCAUUUUAAUAUCUAUCACAGUUUGUACUGCUGAUAUAAUUUUUAUAUUUUUUUAUUAAAAAAUAUUGUGUAAAUAUAUGAGGUUUUGUAACUACGAUUUUUGUUAUUUUAAGCUCUAGACAUUAUAACUAAUUAAACUAGGUUAUAUAAUGUAUUAUAAUAAUUAUAGUCUAUUAUUAAUUACUUAUUUUUUUACAAGUUUAAUACCGUCGACAAAUAUUGAUUUGACCAUACAUUACGAUUUCGUAAUCAUAUACAUGAUUAUGACAUAUAGAAAGUAUAUGCGUGAGAAAUUAUACAUUGUAACUUUACAAAAUAAGAAAUUUUGUUACUUGUACUGUUUCAUUUUUCGAAAUUGUAUAUACAUAUAUAUAUUUAGGAAUAUUCUGUAUCUAAACGUAGAUAAGAAACUUUACAUGGAGAAACAUACAGUUCUUUUUAUUUAUUUGAUAAAUUACUAUUUCUCUGAUUGAGAAAAAUUAUCUUAAAAAGUGUAAUCAUGUAAUCAAUGCCGAACGUUUUGUAGUUGUAAAAAAUAAUCUAUAUUUGUGUAAUAUAUUCUUUGUAUGAAAUAUUUACAAAGCAAUGUUAUAGAAUGCUAAAUGCUAAGAUGAUAGGCAUAAAAUUUGUAAUACUCAGAUAAGCGAUAAGGAAUAUAAAUUGAAAUUGUAAGAUAAAUUAAGUUCUCACAUAGGUAUUAUAUUUUUAGUAAUAUGCCAGAUAAAUACGAGUAGGAUGCAAUAUUUGCAGUGUAUUAUUAAUAUCUUUUUAAUCGGUGAUACGUACGUUAUUAUAAUGUCUAAAAUGGA